GUCGUGUUGUGUUGAGGGGAUACGUCUAUUAUAUAUGAUAGAGUGCUUUUUGUGUAUAACACCACCCCCAGGGGACGAGCGUCCCACUGAACAGUUUCCAAUGUUGCCAAGUAUGCAUUGUCAAAUUAAUUACUCCCUCGCGCGUGCGCAUACCUGUGCAGUAUCUCUCCCACAACACACUGGUUUGCGUCUCUUCACCAUCCUUGUUAGUUUACUAACCAUGUUGAGGUUGUGUGUAAUUCGUGGUGUCUGCCGGAGUUUCUCGGCCCGUUCCGUUAGCAGGUCCAGAUUUGGAGUGAGGAUUCUGAGGUGUGACAGAGAGCCGGUGCCGACCGGUAGCAAUUGGAUCAUUACUACUAGGGAUGGAAGUAGCAGCAGCAUCCAGGUUGGCAAACACCCAAACAGAACAGGAAGUCGACUCGGGGCACAAGAUUUUAUCAGGGAAUCUAUCCAGAAGUCAAAGAAAGAGAUUGCUGCAUUACAGAAAAGCCGACCUGCUUUCAACCCAGUUCUUGCUAUUAUACAGCUAGGCAAGGAUGAUCAAGUGUUGGAAAUGAACAAGAAGAUUGCUGCUGAGAUUGGAUUAAAUGUCAUCCAUAUCUGCCUGCCCAGGGAAUGCAGUGAAGAUGAGGUUGUGGAGGAGAUCCUGAAAUUAAAUGAAGAUUCUAAAGUCCAUGGACUUGUUCUGCAUCUUCCCUCAGCUGCACAAACAAGCAAAAUACUGAACACUGUCAAAAUGGAGAAGGAUGUAGAUGGCGUGUCUGAUAUAAAUGUGGGGAGGCUUGUCCAAGGGGAUGUCAGUGAGGGCUUUGUUCCUCCUUUAGCCAGAGCAGUAAUUGAGCUACUUGAUAAAUCCUUAGAAGGAAAGACGGUUCUAAUCGUUGGGGAGAAUGGACCGAUUGAAGUUGCUCUGCAGUGCCUCAUUCAAAGGAAAGGUGGGGUGGCUGUGAGCUGUGUUUGGAACUCCAACAACCUGCAAAAACAGGCUGAUAUUGUAGUUCUCACCAAUGGAAAACCAGGAGAGAUUCCACCCAACUGCUUGAGCCCAGGAACAACUGUCAUCAACUGUGCUGCUGCUGUUGUGUCAGAGGGACCGAAUAGUCAGCGCAGAGAUGUGAGGAGCAAGGCAGAUAUGGGUGUUGGAACCCUGGCAGCAGCUCUGAGGAUGGAGAAUGUUGUUGAAAGCAGCAGAAGGUGGGUUGAGCGACAGCAGUAUAAGCAAUGGAAUCUCAGAAGCCUGAAACUCCAGCCUCUCUCACCUGUGCCCAGCGACAUUGAGAUUUCCCGAGGCCAGGUUCCAAAGCCUGUCGACCUGCUUGCCAAGGAGAUUGGAUUGCUUGCAGAUGAAAUUGAAGUCUAUGGAAAAGCAAAAGCCAAAGUAAGAUUAUCUCUCCUGGAAAGGUUAAAAGAACAGCCAGAUGGGAAAUAUGUCCUGGUUGCUGGUAUAACACCAACACCACUCGGGGAAGGCAAAAGCACAGUGACUAUAGGACUGGUUCAAGCCCUUACUGCCCAUCUUCAGGUCAAUUCCUUUGCUUGCCUGAGACAGCCUUCACAAGGACCCACCUUUGGAGUUAAAGGCGGUGCUGCGGGAGGUGGUUAUGCUCAAGUCAUUCCAAUGGAGGAGUUCAACCUUCACUUGACCGGAGACAUUCAUGCCAUUACUGCUGCAAAUAACCUUCUCGCUGCUGCAAUUGAUGCUAGGAUCCUUCAUGAAUCUACCCAGUCGGACAAGGCUUUGUAUAAUCGCCUUGUACCUUCAGUUAAUGGAGUGAGAAAAUUUGCUUCAAUUCAGUUGGCUAGGUUACAUAGAUUGGGAAUAAACAAGAGCGACCCAAGCACACUGACGGAAGAGGAGAUUGCCUCAUUUGUACGCCUCGACAUUGACCCAGCAACAGUUACAUGGCAAAGAGUUUUAGAUACAAAUGACAGAUUCUUAAGGAAAAUAACAGUUGGUCAAGCAAACACAGAGAAAGGAUUCAUCCGACAGACACAAUUCGACAUUGCAGUUGCCAGUGAGAUCAUGGCAAUCCUAGCGCUGACAGAUGGGCUGGCUGACAUGAAAGAUAGGCUGGGCAAGAUGGUUGUUGCCAAUGACAAAAAAGGACAUCCAGUGACAGCAGAAGACUUGGGUGUGACUGGAGCUUUAGCUGUUCUCAUGAAAGAUGCCAUUAAACCUACACUGAUGCAGACUCUAGAGGGCAGUCCGGUUUUUGUGCACGCAGGCCCAUUUGCUAACAUCGCACACGGCAACUCUUCUGUUUUGGCAGACAAGAUCGCUCUGAAGUUAGUUGGAGAAGGAGGCUUUGUAGUGACUGAAGCUGGCUUUGGUGCAGACAUUGGAAUGGAAAAAUUUUUCAACAUCAAGUGCCGGGUAUCUGGCCUCUGUCCAAACGUGGUGGUUUUGGUGGCCACAGUGAGAGCUUUAAAGAUGCACGGUGGAGGCCCAAAUGUUUCUGCAGGUGCACCUUUACCUAAAGAAUACACAGAUGAAAAUCUGAAGUUGGUAGCAGAUGGCUGCUGCAAUCUCCAAAAACAAAUCCAGAUUGCUCGUCAUUUUGGGGUGCCGGUGGUUGUUGCAUUGAAUGUAUUCAAGACUGACACUAAAGCAGAAACUGACCUGGUAUGCCAGAUAGCCAAAGAUUCUGGAGCUUUUGAUGCUGUGCCAUGCUACCAUUGGGCAAAAGGAGGCAAGGGCUCUGUGGAACUGGCUAAGGCAGUUAGAGAAGCAGCCAACCAGCAGAAUAGUUUUAAAUUUCUCUAUGACCUACAGCUACCCAUUGUGGAAAAGAUCAGGGCAGUCGCACAGAAGGUCUAUGGGGCUGAGGAUAUUGAACUGUCUCCCGAAGCACAAACUAAAAUAGACAAUUACACCAAGCAGGGCUUUGGAACACUACCCAUCUGCAUGGCAAAGACUCACCUGUCCCUGUCCCACCUACCUGACAAGAAAGGAGUUCCUACUGGCUUUAUUCUGCCCAUUCGGGAUGUGCGAGCCAGCAUUGGGGCAGGAUUUAUUUAUCCACUAGUGGGGACGAUGAGUACAAUGCCAGGCCUUCCCACAAGACCCUGUUUCUAUGACAUUGACCUGGAUCCUGAGACUGAGCAAAUCACUGGCUUAUUCUGAGUUGCCAAUCUUAACCAAGACAAUUAAGAUUCCACAAAAAUGUAUGCUUACUUUGCUUAGGCAAAGAAAUGGAUUAAAAGAAUGCUUCUGGAGGAUAUGGAGAAAGCAAAACUAGAUUGUGCUUCCAUCUGAACUACAACUACUGGAGUCUGCAUAGAUAUUACUGAAUGUUUGUACUUCAUUUGCAGUGUAGAUAAACUUUUCAAAUGCUGCACAAAAACCUACCAAAAGUGCCAAAAUUAAAGCAAAAAAAUGAGUUACAAUUUUCACGUACUGACAGUGCAAGAAUAUGUAUUGUUGGAAGGGCUUAUUACACUGUGUAACACAAUUUUUGUUCCUGGGUAGUAAGUGUUAUUUUGUAAUUGCUUAUGCCUCAAAA